UCGUAUUUAUAAAUUAUAAGUAACCUCUCUCACUCUCUCUCUCUCUCUCUCCAUUCCAUUCCAUUCCCAUGGCUCGCUUCUUUAUCUCCAAGACCAGCACCUUCCUCCACCGCCACCACCCGCACCCUCCCAAACCCCUCUUCACUCUCUCCCUCCGCCACCGAUCCUCCCACUCAGCCAACAACAACGGCACCCUCAUGGAGCUCGACCUCCCCUCCACCUCCUCCUCCUCCAAUGCCGCUGCUGACUACGACGUUACCAUGAGGAUGUUCGACGACCUAAUCCACCGAAUCCUCGUCAGGAAGGCCACACCCGAUUGGCUCCCUUUCGUUCCCGGCUCCUCUUUCUGGGUCCCACCGCGUCCAGCUCCCUCAAAUGUCGUCGAUUUGGUGCAUAAGUUAACCACCGAGGAACUCUCCGCAGAGGAGUCUCUCUCCCUCGCCACCCACCACGCUUGGCCCUCCUCCACCUUCUUCACCGAUGAGAACAAUCAAGCAGAUGGUGGAGAUACUGAUGUGGAGUUAAAUAAACCAGAAGGGAUGGAGGGAAUGGUGAAAGUGAAAGUUCUGACAAUCUCAGAUACUGUGGCUCAUGAAGAUGAGGAAGGAUGAACCAGUACCUUAGCCAAACAAGUUGCUGUGUUUUGCAGGAUUUUCAUGGUGCAACCUACCUCAUUCAAAAGAAGAAAAAAGAGAGUAACUGAAAAUAAAUAAAAUGCUCUUUUGGAGAUUGAGAAGGCCAUGCACUCAAAUGGAAAUUCGUAUGAGAUACAGUACUGUUUAUUCGGGAUUAGCCCUUCCUUCGCUUCGGGAAAAUUCUUUUAUAGGUACAAGUCCAUCGCGUCAUAUUUGGACACACUCGCAUGGGAGUGUAUCUUGAAUAAAGUUAGUGGGACUCACCUUUGUUGCGAGUGUUUAAAGAUGGGGGUGUUCAUUUUGUGCCUAUGGAAGAAUCUUUCCUAAUAUAUCCUUGCUUUACUUGGUAUUAGAGACUCAGCAUUGAUCUGUUUUAACCAGCAUAGCCUGAAUAUAUUACCAAUGUUGUAACCUUGAAUCAUUUGUAAGGUAGGAAUGUAUGUAUUUAUUUAGCUAAUGAAGCAAAAGAUUCUUUCAGUA